CUCGGAUCGUUCCGGGCGGCCAAACGACAAGGCAGCCACUCUGAAUGUUAUUGUUAUAACUUAUUUGGCAUCCUUCCCCGCACAACAUCAGCAUCAGGGUAUCCGCCGCUGCGUUCGAGAGUGGGAACACAACCCUAAUCAUGAAAUCCCUCCAAUCCUUAAGAAUCGCCGUCCGCCCCUCCGCCAGUCCGCGCCUCGCCCACCAGUGCGUCCGUCCCCUGUCCACGACAAUGCAACGGUUCACCCAAGCCCGCCGUCAACAGAGCCUCCCCGCGGCCUACUACCGCGGGGGAACAUCCCGGGCCAUCAUGAUCCGGCGGGAAGACCUCCCCCCGGACCAAACCCAAUGGGACCCCAUCCUACUGGGCUGCAUCGGAUCCCCCGACCCCUACGGCCGACAACUCGACGGCAUGGGCGGGGGCAUCUCCAGCCUGUCGAAAGUCUGCGUCGUGGGGCCAUCAACCCACCCUGACGCCGACGUCGACUACACCUUCAUCUCCCUCGGGAUCAAAACCCCCCACGUCGACCUAUCCAGCAACUGCGGAAACAUGUCCGCCGCCGUCGGCCCCUUCGCCAUCGACUCCGGCAUGAUCCCCCUUUCCUCCUCCGAAUCCACCACAACCACGGUCCGCAUCCUCAACACAAACACCAACAAAAUCAUCCACGCCAACUUCCCCAUCAUCGACGGCGAAGCCCAAGCCGACGGCUCCUUCGCGAUCGACGGCGUCGCCGGCACCGCCAGCCGGAUUGAGCUACGCUUCAUCGACCCCGCCGGCUCCCGCACCGGCCAUCUCUUCCCCACAGGAAACCACAUCGACACGAUCGACGCCGUCCCCGUGACGUGCAUCGACGCCGGAAACCCCUGCUGCUUUGUCGAGGCUUCCGCUCUCGGCGUCUCGGGCGUCCUCACCCCCCAGCAGAUCGAUGAUCAUCCGUCCCUCAAAGCCCAGCUGGAAUCUAUUCGUCGUCAGGCGGGCGUGAAGAUGGGUCUGGCUGGAACGGAGGAUGACGUCCCGGGGAGUGUGCCGAAAAUUGGGUUUGUUUCGAGACCUGGGGGUGGGGAGGAGGGGGAGGGGGAGGGUUUGGUUGGGAAUGGGAAUGUCGUUGUGCGUGCUAUGUCGGUGGGACAGCCGCAUAAGGCGGUCCCGGUGACGGUGGCGUUGGCGCUGGCUACGGCGGCGAAUAUGGAGGGGACUGUUGUGUCGACAUGUGUGGUUCGGGAUGGGGAUGGGCAGGCGGACUCGGGGUCGGGGUCGGGGUCCGGGUUGGUGAUUGCUCAUGCAAGUGGGACUUUGGAGGUGGAUGCCAGGUUUGAUGAGCGGGGGGAUGUCAGCUUCGCGACGGUGUUUCGGACGGCGAGGCGGUUGAUGGAGGGGAGGGUGUUUUGGAAGGGGUGA